UCCUUUGCAUGCACGUUAUACCGUCACUGAUUCGCACGUGAUAGGGUCAUGCGAUUCGCACGUGCCUAGAAAUCCUGCACCCUCCGCCGUGAAAACUGAAAUCAAUUAACCUCCCUGCGCUUCGUUCCUGCGAGAAAGGGAAGAAGAACAAUGGGCGAGGUUUCUAAAUCCACCAUGAAGAAGAAGAAGAAAAAGGGUCGCCCUUCUCUUUUAGAUCUCCAAAAGCGCUUCCUCAAACAGCAAAAGUUGCAGGAACAGCAUCAAGAACCCCAUAACGCUUUCCACUUUCCCUCCAACCCUAAGAACCCACCUUCUUGUCGGAAUCCCAAUGUUCACCCCGCAACAGAGCAAGUCCCCAUCACCGCUGCCGCCGUCGCCGACGACGACGACGAGCGCAUUGAGAAGAAGCAUAAGCCCUUACUCGGUUUAACUUCUCGUCAAAACUGUCCAACAUUGUCCGGUUAUUCUUUGCGUAAAUCGGCCUCCUACGGCGAAGAGUCGGAGACGGCCCUCAAGCGUCGCAGAACCGGUGCCGCCCAGUUUGGAUCUUCUCAAGUGAGAGAAGAUAAAGCUUUGAAAGCGACAGACACUGCACAUGGGUCGCAGGUGGAGUCUGGUCCCACGACAACUUUGCCAGACAAAAAGUUGUUGAUUUUCAUCCUUGAUAGGCUUCAAAAAAAAGACACCCAUGGAGUAUUUUCCGAACCCGUGGAUCCAAACGAUCUUCCCGAUUACCAUGUCAUUAUUCAAAAUCCUAUGGAUUUUGGGACUGUGAGAACGAAAUUAGAUGGAGGAGCUUACGCAAAUUUGGAACAGUUUGAAGAAGACAUUUUUUUGAUAUGUUCGAAUGCAAUGAAGUAUAAUGCUUCUGAUACUGUUUUCUUCCGUCAGGCACGAUCAAUACAAGAACUUGCAAAGAAGGAUUUUGAGAAUUUGAGGCGAGAGAGCAGUGAUGAAAGUGAACCAGAACAGAAAGUUGUGAGGAGAGGUAGGCCUCCAGGAAAGAGCCUGAAGAAAUCAUUAGGUCUCUGUAACCCUAUUGAAAGUAAUGGAGCAGAGUUCUGCUCAGGUGCUACUCUUGCUUCUGGAUGUGAUGAUUCCUACAAUGUCAAUGGUUACAGUUUGAGAAGAGCACGUUCCACCUUCAGGCCCCUGCCUGCAGAUCCUCUAGCAAGAACAUCAUCUGCAGCACAAACUCAACAUGGCGAAACUUUGGCCAGCUGGUUGCCUGAAUGGAAAAAUGAGUUUCCAGCUUCAGUUUUAAAGGGUGUUCUUAAAAGUGGAAAGAAUGAUAAUAUGGCUGUGAAUGAGAAUAGACGUGAUACCUAUAAUCGUUCCAUGUCAUGUGGGAAUUGGCCAUCUGUCUUUGGUGACCUUGAUGGAGACUUGAAGCAACUAAUUACUGUGGGUUUGCAUGCCGAGCAUGGUUAUGCAAGAAGCUUAGCUCUCUUUGCAGCCGAUCUUGGUCCUGCAGUUUGGAAUAUUGCUUUAAAGAAAAUUGAAAGUAUUAGUCGGGAGCUGGGGCGAGUAUUAAUACAAGAAAUUGAAAUGCUACAGCAGCAUCGUUUGUUGCCUCUGGAUGGAGGCUCAUCCGACAUGAAAACAGUGGCAAAGAGCACGGCUGUUCUUCCAUGUAGAAGCAUAUCUGGCUCUAACAUUGGUGUUUCAAAUAAUUUUUUGAAACUUGGCGAAGAUGCUGGUAAUGAAAUUGAUAGAGUGAGAAAUCCUGAAAGCGAGACAGUGUUGCUAGACAGAAGUAGAGGUGUAACAGGAUCAACAACUUGUAUACCGAAUGAGCAGAACGUAGUAGUUCCUUCAAACAUCCACACCACAAAUGGUAAUCUUUUCCCCCAUUUUUCACAAGAAAUGAGAAUGGUAAGACUUGAUUCUAUUCUUGGUGGGACGUCUUAUUCAGACUACUCUACAUGCCCAUCUCUCAACAAUGCUUCUUUCCAAAUCCCUUCCAGUUCAGAUAAUACGGAUUUGUUAAGCCAAGCUGGAAUGCCAAAACUUGCAGAAGAAGUUGCCUCUCAGUCACACGCUCUGUUGCAUUCACCAGCCCGUGUCUACAUUCAGGACUCAGUCGAUGCGCAACAAGACAAGCGUAGUGAAAAGGCACAUUGGCAAGAAUUAUCAACACGUCCUGUGCUAGAUUCAAUCACCUUCGAUACCGACCUUAAUUUUGGAUUAGGCUUAUCUGCUGCACCCAGUUCUAAUCUGCAGAUUCUUUCUCAAAUUCAACCCGAUUUAGUAUUGCAGCUGUGAGGACAUGAUAUUUGUUUUAUGUAUACGAUACAAUCAAAGUUGCAGUUAUGUACAGAUAGUAACUUCAGUUUAUCUCAUUUUCUAGAUCUAGACCAUAGUGAUUGUACAAUUAUUGUCUAGAUCCAACUCAUUUAUCUGUUUACGGGUUCAAACCAGAACCAAAAUCAAUAUACAGUGAAGUUUUCAAGAACAA